CAAGCCCGCCGCCGCCGGCACCACAAGACGCAGAUCUGGCCGCCGCUCUGACGAAACACGGACGCGUCGAAACGGGGUCGUCUCCCCGGGAUUGAAACGCUCACCGAACGCAUUUCGACACGAUUCAAGCCGCCGCCCAAGAUGCAUCCGAGGUCACGCAUUCGCGGACGCGAGCCCCCGCCGCCCUCGCCGUCGGGAGGACGAUACCGCCGCCGAUCUCCACCGCCGCUGGCGCCCUCCCCGAGACACCACCGCCGGGCCCGUGACCCGCCGCCCCUGCCGCAGAGGCGCACUCCAGAACGGGCCCCGCCGCCCCUGCCGCAGAGGCGCAGCCCCGAACGGCUGCCGCCGCGGCGCCUGCUGCUGGACGACAAGCCAGCGCCGCCGCCGCCCGCGCUCCUCGUCCCCGCCGCCGACCGCCGCUGGCGGGCUGACAUCCUCCUCGAGGCCGGCCGCCUCGCGGCCCACUACCUGGUCGCCCAGGGCGUCCUCCCCGAGCACGUUCUCCACGCCCGGGAAGACCCCAGCCCCAAGAACGCCAACACCAACACCAACCACACCCCAAGCCCUCGCCCGGAGGUCCCCGCUGUCCACGCCGCCGGAUACGCCAGGAAGCGGGACGACGAACCGCACCCCGAUGACGACCCCAGGUGGCCACGCCGGAACGGCGCCGGCGGCGGUGGAGGGGACUGGGUCCGGGACAAGAGGGAGGAAGACGACAGGCUGGCCCGGGCUAGAUCCGGCUGGGACAGAAGGACCCAGAGUUUUGACGGGAGACGCAGGUAUAAUGACGGAGGAGCAGCAGGAGGUGGUGGUGCUGGUGGUGGAGCAGACUGGGGCCGCGACAAGAGGGCUGACGGCGGCGGUGAUAGGCUUGCUGACCGGGGCAGUGGCGAUAGGCUUGCUGACCGUGGCGGCCGCCGGGGCAAUGCGUAUGACGACAAGAGGAGGCCUGCCAUGGCGCGCUCCUACUCGCAGAACGACCGCAGGGCCUCCAGCGACGAUCGUCGGCCCUCUGUGGACCGCAGGCUGGACCGGAGACGGAGGAGCCGGAGCCGGAGCAGAAGCAGAAGCAGAAGUAGAACCAGGCCCAGGAACUCUUACGCUGGCGGCCGGAGGGAUUCAGACUGGCGACCACAAAAUGGUGAUUUGGAUCAGGGCAAGGUGCCGGAGCCUACAACUGUUGCUACCGGUGACGGUUAUCUGGACCGCGACGAUGUCGACCAUGCGCCAAGUAACCUGAAGGGACCUCGCUCGGUGGUGGUCAUGAAGGCGGAUGACAGUGCCAGCCAUGAAUAUGAAGAGGUGGUGGUUAUGGAGGUGGAUGCCGGUGCCAGCGAUGAAGAUGAAGAGGGGAUGGUAUCGGAUGAUCAUGGCGAAGAUGAUGGUGCCAGCUACGAAUAUGAAGAGGUGGUGGAAUCAGAGGAAGAUGAUGGUGCCAGCCAUGAGGAUGAAGAGAUGGAAUCAGGGAAUCAUGGUCAAGACUUUCGUGGAGUCAAGGACGAUGAGGCUGCUGUUGCUGGCUUGAAUGAUGGGGUUGAAAUAAAUGCCAGGCACCAACCAUCCAUUGUGGAUGUUCAUCCAUCAGAGCCUGCUGAGGAACCGGUGCAUAUGCAGUCCCAGCUGAGCCCUGUGAAGGAGGACACGGAGGCUGGCAUUGCGCGGACGGAUGUAUGCCUGAUUCAACCAGUAGCUGAGAACAGUGGUUGCUCUGAAGUCAGAGCUGAAAUGGAGGCUCCACAAAGUGAACUUGAAACUACACUUCAUGAGGAGAUUCCACAAAAUGAACUUGAAACUGAACUUCCAGAGGAGAUUCCACAGAAUGAACUUGAAACUGGUGCUGGUGACCCUACCAAAGAUGAAGAAGAGCUGCCAGCUUGGUUUGGGAUUUUUGAUCUCAAUGUUACUGGAGCUCAUGAGACAGGUCAAAUGUCCGAGAUUCCUGGUGAUCCUCCUGAAGAUCAUGUUCUUGAUUCUGUGCCUGAUCUAGAUGGUCAAAUGAGUGAACAAGCAAACUAUGCUACUACAGAAACUCAAGUUCAAGAAGAACUUGCAGAUGAAGAUGAUAACCACCAGUUGGAGGAGGACAGUAAGGUUCUUCUGAAUCAGGAUAUUGGUACAUAUGACUCGAAUGAGAAUGACCUGAGCAGUGAGCAGAUGCUUAUAGAUCAGGGAGCUAAUGAACAUGGACAUGGUGAUGAACAGUUGGAGGAUGAGCAAAAUCUUGUAAACAAUGAAGAAGAACCUCUAAAGCAAGAUGCGGAGGAGCACAUGGAUAAUAAUCACCAGUUGGAGGAUGAGCAAAAUCUUGUAAACAAUGAAGAAGAACCUCUAAAGCAAGAUGCGGAGGAGCACAUGGAUAAUAAUCACCAGUUGGAGGAUGAGCAAAAUCUUGUAAACAAUGAAGAAGAACCUCUAAAGCAAGAUGCGGAGGAGCACACGGAUAAUAAUCACCAGUUGGAGGAUGAGCAAAAUCUUGUAAACAAUGAAGAAGAACCUCUAAAGCAAGAUGCAGAGGAGCACAUGGAUAAUAAUCACCAGUUGGAGGAUGAGCAAAAUCUUGUAAACAAUGAAGAAGAACCUCUAACGCAAGAUGCGGAGGAGCACAUGGAUAAUAAUCACCAGAUGGAAGAUGAGCAAAUGCUUGUAACCAAUGAGGAAACACCUCUAAAGCAAGAUGCAGAGGAGCACAUGGAUCAUAAUCGCCAAAUGGAGAACGAGCAAAUGCUUCUAAAUGAGGGCACUGCUUUGCAAGUUCUGGCGAAUCACCAUGCACAUGGUGAGCAGGUUCUACCAGAUCAUGCUACAGAUGAGCAUCCUGACGUUAAUCAGCAGACAAAGAAUGAGCAAAUGCUUCUACAUCAUGUUACAGGUGCACAUGAUUUGGAUCAUUCCGACCUGAAUGGUGAACAGAUGAUUCAGAAUGUGGAUCAUUGCGACCUGAAUGGUGAACAGAUGUUUCAAAAUAUUUGUGCAGAUAAAUCUGCAGCAGAUGCGGGUCAGUUGAAGGAUGGGCAGUUGCAUUUAGGUCAGGCUGCCGAUGGACAAGCUGCGGUUCACAGUCUGGAAAAUGGGCAAACGAUCCCUGUAAUUCGUCUGGAAGAUGAUGACGAAGAACAGUCUGACACAGAAGAGUUUUUAGAUCCCAAGUAAGCCUUUUAAGAUUAUUUUAUCAUAGGCUCGAGGUGGAGAGGACAGUCCUUCACACUGGAACAUGUCCACUAUACAGAAGACGCAGAUAAUGUUCUACUCUCAAGAGGAGAAAGCCUCAGUUUUUCCCGACCAUUGGAUUAACAUCCCAGCAGCUUUUCAUCGGUUACACCAAAAUUUGGAAAUAUGUGGACUGGAAGGGGUGCUGUCAAUGCACAGAGGUAAUCAAUGCAUGGGACCUGCCACCAUCUGAGCUCGGGAAAUCCUCACUUUCGUUCCGGCCUACUGAUAUCAUCCUGUACCAUGGGAUGGCUGCAUGAUUGAUUAAGCUAGUUGCCCGGUCACCGAUCUGUAUGUUGUGCAGUAGUUUUCUCUUUAGAUCCCUAGACUAGAAGUCUCAUUUUUCCUUGCUGGUCCGGUGAACCUCCCUGCCUAGAUAUUAGCUGAUGUCAACAUUAUAGAUUUCACCUGGGUAAUAUACCUUGUAGUUCGACAGUAGCUCAAUACACUUUGGCUGCAACCGCUAAGAGUUGGUCCUAUUCAUCUAACCAUUCUAUUAUCUUGUUAUCCUGAUUCACCUUGUGAAGUGCAAAAAGGCGGAUCUAUAGAUGCACCCAGGAAUCGCGAAGGUGGGUGGAAGUUUUGUGAUGCUUUAUACAAGGGAUACUUGAAAGGUGGGCAGAUUACAAACUACUAAGUUGAUUUUAACGGUGAUAUUUUAUGCUAUGUGUUGCAUUAUAAAAAGCAUAAGGAAGUCCUCGUUAUUUUUUGCAGUGUACAUGUCUUAACAAGCUCUUCUUGGAAGUAUUAUUCAUUUGAAUUGGUGGCUGAAAUGUUGAGCCUUCUCUUAACUUUUAACGUACAUUAGUAUCCAGCCUAACUUCAGAACAGGUUUAAUUAUUUUAUGUGGAUCAUAGAUCCUCAAGAAUCUACAAAAAUGCGGUGUCUAAGUCUUGCUCUAAAUUUAAUCAAGUCAAACAAACAUUUACUUUAUUGCCUCUUGACAAGUUCUGCAUCCAAAUUUGUGACAUGUUAUUUCAUGGUGACACACAUUCAGCACUGUGUGAACUCUUGUUUGUAAUGGACGUAUUCUCUUCAACUUUCCAUGCUUUUUAUAUUCAGCGGUAACUGUUUUCGUAUUGUGCUUGAUCAAACCAAUAGUUCCGUAUGCAAUUCCUAGAUGAAUCUACAUUACAAAGGCUAUUAUAUCCAGAACUGUACGGAAUCGUAUAGUAAAUAUAACCGGGCCUCUGAGAUCGUUCUUCUUGCAGCCUCUGAGCUUGAGCCUAGUAAUGAACAUGUUCGGCAGAAUAUUGAGAAAACUUUAGGCUGCCAAAAAGAAGCUGGUUGAACAGCGAGCUGCCGAGCUCCACCAGGGCAGAAGACACAUGCACGCCAGUGCCAAUAUAUACACCCGCAGUUUGCUGGCCAAGGGAGCAGUGGUGUUCCUUUCACAGUAUUCCCUCCUAGAAAUGCUCCUACUUCGGAAUUCUUGGCCAAUAUCAUGUAUCAUGGGGUCUAGUCCUAGUCAACAGCCAUCUCAGCAUUCCAUAAAUGUAAAUCUGAAUGACUUUUUCGGUCAUGCAAACGUCCAUGGGAAAGGUCAAGAACCAAUGAUCUGGAAUCCAGGCAACCAUCCUCCACCAGCCUCUUUCCCAGCCAACGCUGCAGCCCUCCUGCUUUCCCCUUCACGGGCUCAGGUACGGAAGCAAAUUGCACACAGCAGGCUUCAGGUGGACAUGGCGGAGAGCAUGGUGGACCAGGUGCCCAGACGGGUGUGGGCGUCUAAGUGAAUCUGGAAGGACAGGAGCUGGCUGCCGAGGCUCUGAGAGCGGUGCGUGAUGCAGAUGUUUGGCUGCAGAUGAGCCUGCCCAAAUGAAGGUGCACCAGCUAGAGGACCAGGUUCAUCUUGAGAAGCCAAAGAAGAAAGUGUGUAAUGUUGUUCAUAGUCGAAUACCUUGGCAGUCUCAUAUUAUCAUGUUGAUCUGGUGAUGUUUUUUCCUUUGCUGUUCAAACAGGGACUUGCCUGUCACCUGUUCUCUACCGCAUCAGCCUCCUCUCUGCAUCCAAGCAUCAACAUACAAUUCAUUAGUCCAUGCCAAGGCUCGUGUGAUGAAUGUAAAGCCAUGGCCUAGCUAGCAUAGUUUUGUGUUAGUUGGCAAAAUAUGGUACUUGUGAAUCUUUCCAACUAUUUGCAUCGAAUUCCCCAAAUAUAGCUAGCAAUGUGUAUGUUCACAGCUGACUCUGACCUGAUAUACAUGUGUGAUGUAAAUGUGCGCAUCUAUGUAUGUCUAGUUUGAGGGGCUGCACGAGGGCAAGUGUGUCCUGUCUCUUUGUUUGAUGUAGCAGAUGACAGAGAGUUGCUGAUGAAUGAAUGCUUCCAGCGUGA